AUGGCGAGUAUGGCCAUAGUUUCGCCAGUGGCUGGGUCUUCACCAUCGGCGAUGGACUCUGAGGAGUCCUAUGGUCCCUAUGCUGAUUCGAAAAGCAGUAUUUGUGGGAGGAGCUAUAUGGGGUUUUCAAUUGGUGGGAACUUCCUUGGUGUGUCAGGGGAGGCUUCAACAUUACUUGCUUCUCAGAGGAAAGGCACUGAGUUUAUUUUCUGCAGGUGGAGAAGUGCCCUUCUUUGGAGAGCUUUCUUUACAACAGCUGUUGUUGCAAUUGUACUCCGUGCUUUCAUUGAUCUUUGUUUAAGUGGCAAAUGCGGACUAUUUGGUACAGGGGGGCUGAUAAUGUUCGAUGUGUAUUCAGCCAAUAUUUCAUAUCAUCUUGACGAUGUGCCUCCUGUGCUUGCCCUUGGUAUUAUAGGGGGCAUAUUGGGUAGUUUAUAUAAUUUUCUUUUGGAUAAGGUUCUCCGAAUAUACACUCUCAUUAAUGAGAAAAGCAUUUUUAACAAAAUUUUUCUUGCUUGCUUGAUCUCCAUUUUCACAUCCUGUCUUCUUUUCGGAUUACCAUGGCUUGCAUCUUGCCGAAUUUGUCCAGCUGAUGCAACUGAAGCCUGUCCUACAAUAGGCCGCUCUGGUAACUACAAGAAGUUCCAGUGUCCUCCUGGUUACUACAAUGAUCUUGCAAGUCUCAUUUUUAACACAAAUGAUGAUGCUAUCAGAAAUCUUUUUAGUAAAGGCACCGAUUCCGAGUUCCAACACUCCUCAGUUCUUAUAUUCUUUAUCACCUGCUUUUUCUUAAGCAUCUUUAGCUAUGGGGUUGUUGCUCCUGCCGGUCUCUUUGUGCCUGUUAUUGUUACUGGUGCAUCUUAUGGACGUCUGGUUGGAAUGUUACUUGGUUCACACUCUAAUCUUAACCAUGGCCUUUAUGCUGUGCUUGGUGCUGCUUCCUUUCUUGGUGGGUCUAUGAGGAUGACAGUUUCUCUCUGUGUAAUUAUCCUAGAAUUGACCAAUAAUCUACUAUUGCUGCCAUUGAUAAUGCUGGUGCUUCUUGUUUCCAAGACUGUAGCAGAUGCUUUCAAUGGCAAUAUCUAUGACCUUAUCAUGAAAGCCAAGGGGUUUCCUUAUCUUGAGACUCAUGCUGAGCCAUAUAUGAGGCAGCUGACAGUAGGUGACAUUGUCACAGGCCCGCUGCAGCUCUUUAAUGGCAUUGAGAAGGUAAGUAAUAUUGUACAUGUUCUUCGAACUACAAAGCACAAUGGCUUCCCUGUAAUUGAUGAGCCUCCGCUUUCCGAAUCCCCAGUUCUUUUUGGUAUAAUCCUACGAGCUCACCUUAUUACAUUGUUAAAGAAGAAAGCUUUCUUAUCCACCCAAGUCCCAACAGGCAUUGAUGCCUGGAAGCAGUUUUCAGCGGAGGAUUUUGCAAAGAGGGGUUCAGGCAAUGGUGACAAGAUAGAAGAUAUUGGAUUAACUGAGGAAGAGAUGGAAAUGUUCAUAGAUUUACAUCCUUUUACUAAUGCUUCUCCUUAUACUGUUGUGGAGACAAUGUCGCUAGCAAAGGCUCUCAUACUUUUUCGAGAAGUAGGUUUAAGGCACCUGCUGGUGAUACCCAAGAUCUCUCUUAGAGCCCCUGUGGUGGGUAUAUUAACUAGGCACGACUUCAUGCCAGAACACAUAUUAGGUUUGCACCCACUGCUGGUAAGGAGCAGGUGGAAAAGAUUAAGAAUCCGGUUCCCAUCUUGGGGUAAAAUCUUUUAGGGUUUCUCGGCAAACAUCAGAGCAUAGUCAUGAGAAUAAGUUUGUACAUAGUUUUAAUGGAGCUGCAGGUUACUGAAUCAUUACAGAACUGGCUUUUUUUCUUCUUUUCCAAUAUCUUUACAAAGUUCAGAGCUGAAGAGGGCCAGGUAUGGACAAAUCUUGUUCAAUUAACAAUAUGAUGAACAAAGUGAUUGUUUCAUGAACCAUUACUUGUGCCAACUCUUGUAUAUUGUGGUACAUUAAAUAAAUUAUUAAUGCUAUCUUUUGGGAAUUUUUACUUGAAAAUUUA